UUCUAAUACGACAACUGACGUAGUCAUGAUUCCGAAUUUGCAUUUUAGCAAACUGAAACGACCAAUUUAUGGAAUUUAUUAGAUUUUUUUUUGGUACAGGCUCUGGACCGGCCACCUAAUGUUUGGGGGAAGGCGUGGCUAUUACAAAAUUGGUUUACGCUUGUUGCAAGUGAUGGUUUAGAUGGUUUUUAGUAAGUGUUUUUAGAGAAAUGGGCAGUCGUGAUAUGUUUGUGAAACCAGAGAAUACUAUUGUUAAAUCCAGUACACUGGGUUUUAGUGGACUUUGGAAAAUUUGGAAUCAUCAAACAAUGUCAGUUUAAGCGGCGCAACAAUGGUUUGUCAACAGCUUCAAAUUACAGCACAUAACGAUCUGUGAUCUUCCAGACUCGACUGCGGAACAUGAAGCGAAGCAGGCAUCCCAGCAGCAGCGAUGACUCUGACACAGGCAGCACGUCGACAUCCUGGUCGCAGCACUCCAAAUCUCAGAGCCGGAGAUCCAAGGGGAAGAAGCCGUCUGAGGUGUUCAGGACGGACCUGAUCACAGCCAUGAAGCUGCACGACUCGUACCAGCUGAGCGCGGAGGACUACUACGUGCUGGCCGACCCCUGGAGGCAGGAGUGGGAGAAGGGCGUGCAGGUGCCCGUCAGCCCCAACGCCAUCCCCGGCCCCGCCGUCUGCGCGGUGGCGGAGCGUCCGGCGGCGGUCGUGUUCGCGCGGCCCAAGAAGAUGAUCCGCUCGUCGGGCCAGGAGCCGCCGGGGCUGGGCUACGUGGCCGUGCGCACGCUGGCCGACGCCGUCUGCCGCUACGACCUGGACGAGCAGGACGUGGCCUGGCUGCACUACGCCAACAAAGAGCUCGGCCUCAUGGGGACGCAGCCGAUGGACGAGCUGACCAUGGAGCGGGUCAUGGAGGAGUUUGAGCGCAGUUGCUACGACAACCUGAGCCACGCCAUGGAGACGGAGGAGGGCCUGGGCAUCGAGUACGACGAGGACGUGGUGUGUGACGUGUGCCAGUCGCCCGACGGAGAGGACGCCAACGAGAUGGUCUUCUGUGACAAGUGCAACAUCUGCGUCCACCAGGCCUGUUAUGGCAUACUGAAGGUGCCCGAGGGUAGUUGGCUGUGCCGCAUCUGUGCCCUGGGCAUCCUCCCGAGGUGCCAACUCUGCCCGAAGAAGGGCGGCGCCAUGAAGCCCACCCGCAGCGGCACCAAGUGGGUCCACGUGAGCUGUGCCCUGUGGGUACCGGAGGUGAGCAUAGGGAGUCCAGAGAAGAUGGAGCCCAUCACCAACAUCUCCCACAUCCCCAGUAACCGCUGGGCCCUCAGCUGCUGCCUCUGCAAGGACCGCUCGGGCGCCUGCAUACAGUGUUCUGCCAAGAGCUGUCGGACGGCGUUCCACGUGACGUGCGGUCAGCACGCCAGCCUGAAGAUGAGCACCAUCCUCACCGAGUCCGACGAGGUCAAGUUCAAGUCCUUCUGCCCGCUACACUCGGGCCUCAAGACCACGCCGGCCGCGGGCGAGGAGGAGGAGGGGGGGAAGGAGGGGGGGUCGGCGGGGACGGACGCAGGGGCGGAGAGGGAGGUGCGGGGGGAGGACAGGGACCGGCGGGGCGGACGGAAGGUGCGGGAGCGUCCGGCGAGCAUGACGGAGGGCGUCCGCGUGAGCGAGCGCAAGCAGCGGCUGCAGCAGCUGGAGGACGACUUCUACCGCCUGGUCUCCGUGGGCGACGCGUCCAGGCGGCUGGGGCUGCCGGCCGACGCCGUGGACCUGCUGUUCCAGUACUGGAAGCUCAAGCGCCGCGCCAACUUCAACCGCCCGCUCAUCACGCCCAAGAGGGAGGAGGAGGAGAGCCUGGCCCGCCGCGAACAGGAAGUGCUGCUGCGCAGGCUCCGCCUCUUCACACACCUGCGCCAGGACCUGGAGCGGGUGCGUAAUCUGACCUACAUGGUGACGCGGAGAGAGAAGAUGAAGCGGUCAGUGUGUCGAGUCCAGGAGCAGAUCUUCCAGCAUCACAUCAAACUGCUGGAGCAGGGACGCUUCACAGGCUUGUCCACUACGCGGCGUCUGUCGGAGGCGCUGUUCUACUUCCGAGACCCCUCCAGCGUGCCUUACUCGUCUCCACGGGCGCUGAAGGGGCACCCCGCCCUCAACACGCCCCUCCCCCCCCACGCUAGCCCCGCCCUCAACACGCCCCUCCCCCACGCCAGCUCCGCCCCGACCGGCCCCCCCACCCCCACCGCCCCCCCCGCGGGCCCCCGGCUGGGGAAGGAGACGCAGCGCGGAGAGGUCACCUCCCGACUCCCCCACCCCCCCGAGAGCCCCUGCAGGCCCCCCAAGACCAACGCCGCCCUCCCAGCCCGGCCGGCGCGGCCCAAUGGCGUGCUGCCGCGGGCCAACGGGCUCCUAGCGGGCAGAGCGUCCAGGGGCACGCACGAACGCUCCGACCUGCCGCCGGCGCCGGACACUCGUCGGGUCACCCGGGGCGACGCCACCAGAGCGGCCUCGGCAACCAAGCCCGCGGAGAGGAGGGAGCACGCCGCCAUCGCCGUCGUCUCCACGGAAACGUGCACGCGCAUCAGGGACCUGGGCCCGCCCCACACGCCCCCCAACCUCAACCCCACCCUGCGGCUCACCCCGGUGGUGGUGCCCCCCCACGCCCAGAUCUACGCCGCCGAGGACCAGCGCAGGAGACGAGCAGCGCGCGACCCCCCCUCCCCCCCCCGGCCCAAGCUCCGCACGGCCGCACGCCUCUCUCAGGACACGCCAGCGAGGCCGGCCGAUUCCGACGCCGCCGUGGAGCCCGUCGCCGCGGAGACCAAGUACAACGGCGUUCUCAGGAGGUCCGCGUCUAGCCAGGACAGCUCGUCGUCGUCAUCAUCAUCAUCGUCGUCGUCGUCGUCGUCGGGGGGCAAUAACCUCAGGGGCUGGGGCAGUUUCCGUAUCCCCAAAAAGAGCGAGAGGAGCACGCGCGGGCACCCGGGGGGGGGGCAGGGGGGGCAGGAGGGGGCAGAGACGCCGCGCGGCGACACGCUUCCGGAACCUUCCUGCCCCCUCCCCUCCCGCAGGACGUCCGACAGGACAGCGGCGCCCGCUCCCGCUCCCGCGCCCGCGCUCAGAACUCGCCUCCGGGUCGCCACGCAGAACCACGCCCGCGCCAGCUCCGAGGGUGGCGAGAGCGAGAGCGGGCAGACGGAGCAGGACGCCCAGGGCAAGCGAUGCCAGGCCCCGCGCCUACACAGCCACGACAUCAUGGCCCGCCGCUACGGCAACGACAUCAUCCGCCGCGGCGUGCUGGCCUCCUGACUGGAGCGCGGGCAUCAUCAUGGCGGGCAUCAUCGCGGGCAUCAUCAUGGGCACCAGCGCGGGCAGCAGGUCCGCAGGGCUGCAGAGCGGGCACAGUGAUGACACUGCUGUUUAUUUUGGCCCACGUGCUCCUGCUCUCCUACUGCUUUGGUACUUACGUCUCAUUCUCAAGUGUUCUAUGGAAGAGUUGAACUUCUGUUAUAUGGAAGAGUUAAACUUAUGUUAUGCCCCCCCUGCUUUUGAUUUUUAAUUUUUAAUUUUUUUUUUUUGCUUUAGUUCUAGUUUGGUAAACGUUACUUCCUCCAAGUCAUCACACGAAGUUAAAGUGAAACGUAUGCUUUGCUCCUUCUCAAGAGAUUAUCCAACUCAUGUGGAAUGUUUCCCACAGUUCAGACUUCACGUGAGUGGGAAUAAAAAGCUCCGUAGCUGUAAGGUGGCCUUCCGAGACCCGCUGGUCACACAAGCUGAGCCAGACCCCCCUGGUGCCCCGUCAACUCCCAGAGCCAAUAUGGACGCCGCAUAUGGAACAUGCGCACAUUAAUGUAGCAUUGGCCCGUCAACUCCCAGAGCCAAUAUGGACGCCGCGUAUGGGACAUGCGCACAGUAAUGUAGCAUUGCCCGUCAGCCCGUCAGUCACACGCUGCCUUGUGAAACAGCAAUCCUGCGGCAGGUAAACAGGCACUAAAGAUUAGCUUCGUUUUUUUUUGUUUUUUUCUUUAUCUAUAAGUCCAAAUAGGCCUUGAAAGGAAAUAAGCUUAUUUUAACUCUUUUAUUUAUUGUAAGACAUGUUAUGUGACCAGAAUUUGUAUGUAUAUUGUAGCAAUAGCAAACACAUACUUUUGAUGCUAGUAUCUGAACCAUUUUAUGGUAUGACAAUUUGUUCUGAGGAAAUGAUUUGUGGUAGACUACUGCAUUUGUUGAAGGUUAAUGCCUUAAAAUCUCACUUCCUUGUAGCCUUUAACUCUCUUCAUGAAGUUGGCUGGCUUCCAGUGAUGUGCUUGUUGCAUAAUUGUGAUCAUGAUUAGUUUUCAUUGGCCGUUAAGACAUGCUUAGUCCUGGACAUCUGAUUUGAAGUAGGUCUCUCAGCAAAUCAUGAAAUCAAGGAGUGUGUCGUGUUCAUCCAGCAUGGGCACUUUAGGGCUAUACAUCAGCCUUAUUCUCCUACGCAUCUUUCCAUUAAUGCUGUGCAUCAUAACAAAGCACUUAGAUUAGUCACAAGGUUGUUUUGUUUUCAAAGUAUCUGUGUUGAGAUGGGGCCCAGUACCUUUUUUUCAUUGUCUUAAUUAAAUGCAGUUUUUAUAUCUAGCCAAAGGGGGGCGCCUCGCAUUUUCUAAAAGCAGAUGUUCUCCAGCUGAUGGGCCGUAAUGGAGCUAGAUCCAGGAGCUCUGCUUCUGUUAUGGCCCCCAUUACGCCCUUGUCUGUUACUAAUGAUAUUAACCCUUUGUUGUACCACCUGGCUUUAAAGGGAUAAUCCGGAGUGAAAUGCAC